UUAUAGUUAGCUCACGCAGCGAAUUUGUAUCAGUCGUGAUUUGGCUCUGUCAGCGAAAGGAACAACCAUUUGCUGUGCCACACACAACCGCGUGUAAUAUAAUCGAAUCAAACUUCAACUACCUCAUUUUGCUAAAUCGGUGAAUUUUUAUAAAAGAAAAUUUUAGUGAAAUCUGUCUACCUCAAAGUACAAAAGUGUUAAAGAAAUUAUUCAUAUCCCUGAAAGUGCGCACAAAUUGCUCAAAUGAAAUUUUGUCGUCUAAAAAACUAAAGCUACAAAACUACAAAGGAGAAUAUUAAAGGUGUUUGCUGUGUGAGGAAAAACAUUGCGCGAGCACAAAAUUAGGAGCACAACAAAAAUUUGUUGAUAUCCAUAUCAAUGCUUCAAGACGCACAAACGCGAACCUUAGCUGCUGCAUUAGCUGGCAUAAAACAAGAGGACGUUCAUCUGGACCGUUCCAUGUCGCUAUCGCCCCCCAUGUCGGCCAACACAUCAGCAACAAGCGCCGCUGCGAUUUACCCAGCUAUGGGUCUCCAACAGGCGGCCGCAGCCUCAGCUUUUGGAAUGCUCUCACCUACCCAACUUCUGGCUGCAAACCGUCAGGCUGCCGCAUUCAUGGCCCAACUGCCCAUGAGCACAUUGGCCAACACACUCUUUCCACACAAUCCGGCGGCUUUGUUUGGGGCUUGGGCUGCCCAACAGUCGCUCCCGCCCCAGGGCACGCAUUUACAUUCGCCGCCAGCCAGCCCGCACUCGCCGCUGUCCACUCCUUUAGGUAGUGGCAAGCACCCAUUAACUUCCCCCAACAGCACUCCCCAGAACCAUGAGCCAGCGAAGAAGGCUCGAAAAUUGUCGGUUAAGAAGGAGUUUCAGACCGAGAUCAGCAUGAGUGUAAACGAUAUGUACCAUACAUCGGGAGGCCCAAUAUCUCCGCCUUCCAGUGGCAGCUCUCCCAAUUCGACUCACGACGGAGCGGGUGGAAAUGCUGGAUGUGUCGCUGUCUCCAAGGAUCCAUCUCGCGACAAAAGCUUCACCUGUAAAAUCUGCUCACGCAGCUUUGGCUAUAAGCACGUGCUUCAGAACCACGAACGCACCCACACCGGUGAGAAGCCUUUCGAAUGCCCGGAGUGCCACAAGCGGUUUACUCGUGACCAUCACUUAAAAACCCACAUGCGUUUGCAUACUGGAGAAAAACCAUAUCAUUGCUCACACUGCGAUCGUCAAUUCGUUCAGGUGGCCAAUCUUAGAAGACAUUUGCGUGUCCACACUGGAGAGCGUCCCUAUACUUGUGAAAUCUGUGAUGGCAAAUUCAGUGACUCCAAUCAGCUUAAGUCCCACAUGCUGGUACACAACGGCGAAAAGCCGUUCGAGUGCGAACGCUGCCACAUGAAGUUCCGACGGCGCCACCAUCUAAUGAAUCACAAGUGUGGCAUUCAGUCGCCGCCUACUCCCGCGCUUUCACCAGCCAUGAGUGGAGACUACCCCUUGGCAAUCUCCGCAAUGGCAAUCGAGGCAUCCACGAAUAGAUUUGCGGCAAUGUGUGCCACCUACGGAGGUUCGAAUGAGUCGGUCGACAUGGAAAAAGCGACACCGGAGGACGAUGGUCCAUUGGAUUUGUCUGAAGAUGGAACCAGCUCUGUGGAUGGCCAUUGCAGCAGCAUCGCACGGCGCAAGGCACAGGACAUUCGUCGGGUUUUCCGGCUACCUCCACCGCAAAUCCCUCACGUACCCAGUGAUAUGCCUGAGCAAACCGAGCCGGAGGAUUUGAGCAUGCACUCUCCUCGCUCUAUCGGAUCUCACGAGCAAACCGAUGAUAUUGACUUGUAUGAUUUAGAUGAUGCCGCGGCUUCAUAUAUGGGCCAUCAACAACAUUAGGCCAUUACCAUACCGAAUUGUACAUAGCCCUAAUCAGUUUUCAUUUGAUGAAAUUGACUGGCAAUUAUUAAAACAAAAUUGAAAAUUUUGCUAUUUCGAAGUGGAAAGUAAAAAUUGUUGCAACAGGAAUUUAAUCAUAAGUACAAGUUAAGAGAAAUACAUACAAAAAAACUUGAAAUUGUACAAAGUAAGCCAUGCCAUAUGCUUGUUACCGCCACACCCCACCAAAUUAAAUCGAAAAUGUCGUGCCAUUCUUUACCUUACAUUUAAGUUAUAUUAUUAGGUUCGGAAUCUUAAAUUGUACAUAUUCAGCUUACACAGCUGCCAAUUGUAAAGUAAUCGGCGCUCUAAACAUGCAUUGUAACAGAAAAC